AUGGAGUCGAAAGAGACUACGCCAAAACGUGUUCAACGAUCGUAUACCAUCGAUGAGAAGUUAAGUGCCAUUAAACGAGUGAAAGAACAUUCUGGCAAUUUAUCUGUUGCAUCAAGAGAAUUGGGAAUUGAUAGAAAACGAUUGAGAGAAUGGUGCAGGCAGGAAUCUGAUUUAACCAAGCAAUCAGACAAGAAGCGACGUAGGGCAAUUGGUGGAGGUAGACGACCAAGCCUUAGAAAUCUGGAGACCAAACUUUUCCAAUGGAUUGUUGCUCAGUGUGCAAACAAUAUGAUCAUAAAUUAUCGCCGGUUACGGGAGCAUACUUUUGUGCUGACAAAAGAACUUGAAAUUGAAAUGCCUGACUUCAAGUGUUCUGAUAAAUGGAUUUUCAAUUUCAUGAAACGGAACAGCUUGACUGUGGGGAAGAUGACAAAUGUUGGACAAGUAGACAAUACAACGGGGGACGACAGAGCACAAAUCGCCAGUGAUCGCCAGGAAUUAAAUAUGAAGUAA